GGAGGACUUUUUGAGCAUUAUGGACCAAACAUGGAAAGCUCAAAUCAAGCGGACACAACAAUUUCAUGCAAGAAAUUGAGAUUACUUAUGAAGUUAAAUAGAGAGAAAAUUGGGGAUGUUGCAAAAAGUCCAUUGAGGCCAAAAAAACCUUUAGAUGCAUGGCAAAGGCAUUUGGAUGGCAAUUCUACAGAUAAUUCACUUAGAUUUCAAGAAAAGGAGCUAACGAGGCAACUAACCGAGGCUUUGAAACAAGAAAUGUAG